AUGUGCUUUUCUGGAAAGGACGAAUUGAUCCCAGCUCUGGAAGCGAUCAAAUCCGCCUGCAUCACUGAAAUCGACACGGCCCAGAUGUAUGGAACCAAUGAAGCGGAUCUCGGUGCCAGCAAUGCGGCAUCUAUGGGAUUUAUGAUAUCAACAAAAAAUUACGGUGGCUGGAAAAAGGGAGAAGCGCUUCAGCCAGACGCCUUACUUAGGACUACUGAAGAAAGUCUCCAAAAAUUAGGCGUGAAUCAGAUGGAUAUCUUCUACAUCCACGGACCAGACAGAACUAUGGAGUUCAAAGAAUGGGUUCCGACUGUACAGAAAAUCUAUGAACAGGGCAAGUUCCGUCGAUUCGGAGUGAGCAAUUUCUCGGCACGGGAAGUACGGGAUCUUUGGGAGUACUCCAAGGCGAAAGAUUAUGUUUUGCCCACAGUAUACCAGGGCAACUAUAAUGCCGUGAGCCGCCACAUCGAAGCCACGCUAUUUCCGACUCUUCGUGAGCUAGGCAUAGCAUUCUACGCCUACUCUCCAGUGGCCGGUGGGUUUUUGACUAAGUCAGCAAAGGCCUUGAGAGAAGGCACGGAGGGAGGACGCUUCACAGUCGACCCAGAGAAAGAAACUUCUCUGGGGACAAUGUAUCGAAAUAUGUACUUCAAACCAACGAUGCUAGAGGCUCUCGACAGAUGGGGUAACCUGGCUCAAACUCAGGGCGUUACCAACGCUGAGUUGGCAUACCGAUGGGUGUACUACCAUUCUCACAUAAAUCCGGAGCUGGGCGAUCACCUCAUUCUGGGGGCUAGUCGGCUUGGACACAUUGCGCCUACCGUCGAUGGAUUGAAGAAGGGCCCACUGAAGCCAGAAGUGGCGAAGGGGGUUGAUGACAUUUGGAGUCUGAUCGAAGCCGAUGCUAUAGUGAACAACUUUGAUGAAGUCAAACCUUGA